AUGAAAUCCAGCUUAGUCGUCAUAUUUGCUACGUUUUAUAUGUCUGGAAAGAUCAUUUGCAAUGGGUUCAAAUUUAUAGGUUCACGCGGUCUCUAUUAUCUUAUAUGGUUCUUGAGAUCCUUUUCAGAAGCACCCAGUAUUCCAUUGCAUAGACCGCUUUUCACGACGUCUGAUAACUCCCCAACAUGCAAAGAUGAUAAUUCAACAAAAGUCUCAGCUAAGUUUCUCCCCACAGCUACAGUGACUCCAAUCAGGAACAACAAUGAUGUAGUUAGGUCCCCAUCUCCUGACCUCGACAUUUCAAUUCACGAAGAGUCACUAGAAGUUCCUUCACCCUCCUGGUUUGACGAGUCUGAACCAGUGGAAAAUCCCAGUCCUCUACCCACCCAAAACCUAACACUCAAUAGACCAACUGAUAAAACAUCACCGGUCUCUUCUAUCCCUCAAACUCCUAGCUUGGUGUCCUUUACUUCUGUAACAAGUGUAUCUAAACCAUGUCUGCAAAAUGAGUCUCGAAAUGUUCAAGCAUUUAGCACAGAAAACUCAAAUUUAGGAUCUCAUGAUGACUCUGUUUCAAUACCUCAGUCAUUUUACAGUUCAAUCUGUAAAGCAUGUGACUUAUUGGAGAACUUGCCGAUGAACAAAUUAAUGUAUUGUUUUGGGGAUGAAUUACCUGUAAUAACAAAAUUACUUCAUGAGAGAAGCUCAAACCCAAUUAUUAUAAGCGGUCGCCCUCCCUCAGGAACGUUGAAGAAAUUAACGAAUCCUAUUUCUCUUACAUCCACAUCUGAUCAACACAUUCGCAACUCAAAUACCUCCAAAAGGACGUUGAUGGGCGUCACUUCUCAUGCACCUGAGAAUAUCUUGUCCGAUGAUGACAGUUGGGCUAACAUUAGCACUAACCCAUCGAAAACCCGAGCCUCGUCGGAUGUUCCUAUAAAAUGUUCAACUGUUAGAAAGUCAGUUACACAAAAGACGGAUAAUAAUUGCACCAUACGACAUCCGACUAUGACUUUUGACUCUGGCGAAGGAAGUGCUUUCCUUCCACUUCAAGCUCAAUCUAAAUGGGAUGUCCAGACCCACUGUGACGAUCAAUAUAAUCAACCAGAUGAUGGGUCCACAGGCGAAUUUGAUGGAGAUGAUCGCUUUCCUCAUUCUAAACGCAUGAUGGAAGCAUUCUCAAAAAUGUUUGGUCUACGAUCCUUCAGACGGAAUCAACUUCAAGCAAUCAAUGCAGCUCUUCUUGACCGUGAUUGCUUUGUAAUCAUGCCCACCGGUGGUGGAAAGAGCCUGUGUUAUCAGCUUCCAGCUGUUGUUCAGUCUGGUUUAACGGUUGUAAUUUCCCCCUUAAAAGCACUAGUGUUGGAUCAAGUUACAAAACUUCAGUCACUUGGGGUUCCAGCUGCUCAUCUAACAGGUGAGGCCAGUCUCUCCGAAACUGAUCAAGUAUACACUGCUUUACAUAUGGCCAAUCUGCGCCUAAAACUUUUGUAUGUAACACCAGAGAAAAUCGCUGCUUCCGAUAAGCUGAAAGGAUGCCUGGAACAACUGUACAAACGUAAACGUUUAGAUCGUUUUGUGAUCGAUGAGGCACACUGUGUCAGUCAGUGGGGCCAUGAUUUUAGACCGGAUUAUAGAAAUCUAAAUAUUCUACGAAUCAACUUCCCAGACGUACCAAUGAUGGCCAUGACUGCUACAGCUACACCAAAAGUUCGUAGAGAUAUUCUACUUCAGCUGAAAAUGACAAAUACUAAGUGGUUUAUUCAAAGUUUCAACCGUGCAAACUUGAGAUUUGAGGUUCGGCCAAAAAAGCUUAAAAAUUGUACAAAAGAGAUUAUUGAUGUUAUACGUAACGAGUUUCCUAAACGAUCAGGAAUCGUUUAUUGUCUAUCACGUCGAGAAUGUGAUGUCGUAGCUGAAGAGCUGAAGGCUGCUGGUCUUCAAGCGUCCGCCUAUCAUGCUGGAAUGACAGAUGCUCAGAGGCGAAAUGUUCAACAGGCAUGGAUACAAGAAGAUAAAUGUAAGAUUGUAUGCGCAACUAUUGCUUUUGGUAUGGGGAUAGAUAAACCAGAUGUUAGAUUUGUUAUUCACCAUUCUUUACCAAAAUCAAUUGAAGGUUAUUAUCAAGAAGCUGGACGCUCAGGAAGAGAUGGAUUACCCUCGACAUGCAUUCUUUAUUAUCAUUGGCAUGAUGUUGUCAGAUUACGGAAGUUAAUACAAGGCGAUGGAUCUUCUGCAGUAGCUAGAGGAACUCAUCAGUUUCACGAAGAUGCACUUUACCGUAUGGUUUCUUAUUGUGAAAAUCAAAUUGACUGUCGUCGUAAACAAAUACUAUCACAUUUUGGUGAAGCAUUCGAUUCAGCUACUUGUGGAACUAUAGUCGGUUGUUUAUGUGAUAAUUGUCAGUUGUCUGAUCGAAGACGUUUAGAACACAGAGAUGUAACAGAAGAUGCUAUCAAAAUAGUUCGUACAGUUGAAUUGUUUGUGCGAUCACGACGCAAUGUAACAGUGAAUUAUCUUGUGGAUAUUUUUCGAGGAGCAAAAACUAGUCAAAUUCAAAAAAGUGGUGAUGAAUCAAAUCAAAUCUAUGGACAAGGUUCUGCUUAUUCAAAAACAGAUGCUGAGAGACUACUCCAUCGCCUUGUUUCCGAACGUAUUUUGUAUGAAGAGUUAGCAGUUACACAACUAGAUCAUGUUGUUGCCUAUGUUCGUCUUGGAUCAAAAUCAACAGGAUUACUAAAUGGUUCCAUUAAAAUUACUUUACCCGUUUCUAUACCGAAUCGAUCAGGACAAAGUGAAACUAAUGUUGUUGGUCGCCCACCAGAAGAUCGUUAUGCCAGUGUUCGUAAUCAAUGUUAUGAGGAAUUAGUUCAAGCAGCAAAACAACUUACGUCAGCUCAAGGGAUUUCAAAUUAUGCUACUGUAUUUCCAAAUGAAAUGCUAUUAGAAAUGGCUUCAAGUUUGCCAUCUACUCGUGAAGAAUUACUUCAAAUACCCCAGUGUACGGAUUACAAAUUGAAUUGUUUCAAUGCAGAAUCAUCAUUUUUAGAAAUCACCUUAAAUUAUCUUUCAAUUCUUGGUGCCUUAAAAGCUGAAGAAAAAGAACAUGAGGAAAUGAACACUCCACAACAAUCUUUACCAUUAAUCAGUUCCAGUCGGGGUCGAGGACGUAGUAAUUUCUCUAAACGUGGUCGUACAAAGGCUUACAGUACGAAAAAGAUAACGUCAAGUGGCGGAGUCGAACGUAAACGAAAUUAUCUGUUUGGUAAAUAUCAAUUCAAAUCCAAUCCCAGUUCGUCAGCGUCAUCCAGUAGCUCAGCAGGCUGGAAACGAAAAGCUCCAACAAGUACGUUCAACACAAACACAUUUCAACCCAAACUCAUGAAACUUUCUGUAAAGCGAGAUUAA